AUGUUGUCAACAUCGUUACGCCGGGCGGCAUGGGCUCCCAUGCCGCUGCCCGGGAUAACUCGCCCCGCUCAGAAUGUAACCAACGGCCUGCUCGGCGCAACCCGACCUCUGCACCAGCGCCGGUAUUCCUCCUCAUCCUCCAAACCUCCCGUCCCACCCAGCGAUGGCUCCCGCCGCAUGGACACUUCUGCCCCGGCAAAGGGAGUCUCGUCUGGCGAGAAGAGCAAGGCUACCCGCCGACGCAAGGACAACUCUGCCCGAAACGGUUCGUCAAAGUCUAGCCAGCAGCACGCGGCAUUUUCGAAGCUUCCGAGUGUUCCCUCGACCCAGCACCGCCAACCCCAUGAUGUCCAUGUUGCCUCGUUCUUCUCCAUCCAUCGCCCCAUCUCGGUGACAACUACUGUGCCCCCGACCUCGAGCACCGACGCCUUUGAAGCGAUCUUCUCGUCAAAGCGGCCUUUAAAGAACGAACCGGAGGACGUCAUUUUCACUCUUUCCUCGGCCGUGCAGAACAUGGAACACGGCGCACAGGGCAUGUCCGAAUCCGAAGACCAGUUCCGAAGCUUCAGCGAGCAGGACGGUGAACUCCGCAUGCUGGAUGGCCCCGACGCAAAGAUGUCCGUGGAGGAAUUCACCCGUCGUCUCCGUCCCUUCCAGCCUCCUCCCCCACCUGUCCCAAUGGACACAGUCGCCGCCGAGGCCACUGAAUCCCAAGAUUCCCAGGUCGACAACGAGUACUCCACCUACUCGACUGUCCUGACGAUCCGCGAGGCUCGCCAUGCCGACGGCCGCAAGACCUACGAGGCCCACACUGGUCCUUUCGUCCGCAGCGAGAUGGAAGAUGCCGGCGUGCAGAACGAGAUCAGCAUCGAAGCCCCGGCCGAUCACACCGCUGGCAUGACAUACAUGGAGCGUGUGCGCAACAACCGCACCAUGCACGCCAUCUCCACCAAGAGACGUCGCAAGGUCAAGAUGAAGAAGCACAAAUUCAAGAAGCUGAUGAAGCGCACGCGGACCUUGAGGCGGAAACUCGAGAGGUAG